GUUGUUAAGGGGUGACAGAUAUUGACAAACGGGCUGCAUUCACCUUUGUAGCUCAAUCGAGACCCGAAGACGAUUUUUUUGCAUUCGUGUACAUUAUGCAUGUUUUCAGAAACAUGAAAACGAUAAGUGAAACAGCAACGGAAGCCACACAUUUGUUACAAAACUUACAACACCGUUCGUGGUACCCCUAUUUCUUGCGAAAGUGUACUCAGCGAUAAAUACAAGGGGAACACCGUCUGGUACAUUGCAAAGUCAAUACGGUGCUCAUCAACACUUGUGUGACCUCAAACACAGCGAAAAAAGAUUUUGUAGUUUCACAGAUCGGGCUUAUUUAUCCCAGCCUCGAUGCAGAUAGCAGGUGAAGGGAGAUAAACACGUUCACAAUCACAACAAGAAAUACCCAACAUGGUGGCGGAAGUGUACUUGAGCGGCAGGCUGAAAAAUGACAGUGGUUGUGUGGUGACUCUUUCAUCAAGUGCAGUGUUGUUUGUUGUGGAAUACUGUGCACCUGUGGAUGUGCGCAUUAUAUUUGUUGAAGAUGCAGCUGCACAGAGGGAGGAACAGAUUGAAUUACCACUGCAUGCAGUGCAGAAGCUCCACCACACUUUCACCGAGACAGAGUUACUUCCCCUGAUUAUUCAGAACUGCCAAUUGCCUGUGAUAUUUGAUCCCCAAAUAGCUAUGGUUAGAUCAGGACUUUGUUGUGCUGUUCGACAUCUUGUUAAGUUGGCAGAUGCAACGAAUCCCACGAAGUACUUCAAGGAUUUGCUGGGUUUCAGACAAGGAAGCCUGAGGAUGUGUGCAGAGGUGUCGGGUUGGACGAAGCUGUGUGAAGUGGAGCUGAACAAAAGUCUGACUCAGCUUAUUCACAAUUUUAGACUUGUGUCAGACACUGGGAAGUUGGAAGUAGAGUUACCUCAAGAUCUGAUGAAACUUGAAGCUCAUUUUCUCAAACCUCCCAAAAUUCAUAAUGAUGACAAGAUGAGGAGAGCUGUGUUAAAGGAGGUCAAAGAAGAAAUGAAUGAUGAAAAAACACGAGAUCAAAUACUAAAAACUUGUAAAUUGAGAACAAACAGUUUUCUGCUUGAAAAGGAAAAAAAGUUUCCCCAUGGAAACAGAACAUUCAAACUUGUAAAACAUUUCAGUGGAGAUAAGGGGACUGACAAAAAGCAAACUGUAUCAAAUAAAUGUGAAAAAGUUAUUCAGAAUGGAAGUGCCCAGAUUACAGCGAAGGGAGAUAACUCUGUCGAGGACUUGAUAAGGGGUAUAGAAAGCUUGACCUAUCUGGAUGUGGAGUUGCUUCACCUGUACUCCGAAGGGAUAGAGAUGACCGUGGCAGAUCUUGUGCUGUUUGUCUACCUGUAUCAUGUCAUAGAGGCUCUGAACUUCAGCUGUGGUGAACUGUUUGAGAGACUCCCACGCGUCAUGGAGUGGUUAGGAUACAUGAUGAAAGUGGAAGGAAUCAAGACGAUGAUGGACACGUGCUUCAAGGUCACUGACCUGGCCCAGGCCUUGACAGAGGUGAGGUCAGCAGGUGUGAUGCUGUCUGUGCCCACCAUGGAGGAUGUCACCGAGGAUGAUAUGGAACUCAGUCGGAGAUGUAGAAGCAAGCACAAGGCCUACAAACCAGAUGUCAGUCAAGCCCUGAGGAAGAUUAAGGCCAGUGGUAUUGUCCCCAAGACUGGAGAGCACCUGCGGGGCAGUGAUGUGACCCUGGACUGGGAAACUAUGCCUUCUGCUGUACACCCUAAAGAAGGUCAAGUUCCUGCCAAGAGGACAGACAGAAAGUGCCAGCAGCUGGAGAACUUGGUGACAUCCGUAACGGCGAUGGCCCGGACUGGUGAUGUUAUUGUAGACUUCUGUAGUGGAGGGGGUCAUCUAGGCCUAGCUGUGGCGUAUCUCCUACCUGAGUGCAAGGUAUAUUUGAUUGAAAACAAGGAAGAAUCUUUGAUGAAAGCCAUAAACAGAAUAGAUGCUCUGAAACUGAAGAACGUAAUUAUGUAUCAGUGCAACCUUGACUACUUCCAUGGGAAGUUUGACAUUGGUGUGUGUCUCCAUGCUUGUGGAUCUGCAACUGACAUGGUCCUACAGCAGUGCCUCAACAACAGCGCAGCCUUUGUUAUCUGCCCUUGUUGCUAUGGUGGCAUUCAGAAGACACACCUCCUGACAUAUCCCAGAAGCCAAUGCUUUCUGGAUGCUGAUAUCACCUACAAGGAUUUCCUUACCCUCGGCCAUGCAGCGGAUCAGACAGAGUUUAAAAUUGCUCUAGAGGAACAAGGACGGUACUGCAGCAAUCUGGUGGACACUGAUCGGGCUGAGCUGGCCAGGGAACAAGGAUAUUCAGUCAUUCUGUGCUCACUCCAGCCCCUAACAUGUACACCUAAAAACAACCUACUUUUGGGUACUCCCAACCACAGGAGCUUUGCGGUGUCCUGAUAGCUGGACAGAUUCAUUGUCCAAUCAAAUUCUUUUAUGAUGAGAUCUCACAGUAUUAAUCUUAUACAGUCUUGAAAUACCCAUUUUAUUUUUUAAACUCACCACAUCCUUGAUUUUAGUAACCGUGAUUGUGAUCACUCACAAACUCUGUUACCAGCGAGAUGGCUUGCUCAGGAAGCAUGACAUCUUCCCAAGGCGAGGGCAUUAACUGACUAAAAAGUCCAGUUUCCACCCUGGCCGAGCUACACUUGAACUUCUAGGCUCAUUCGUAGCGCCAGCAAUGGCUGUUACGAGUUAUGUCCCUCCUAUUGACCAAUCAGAUUCCAUCUCUUAUAUUACUUGCAUUUGCUUCAAACAAAAUGGCGUCACCCAGUCAAGACGAUCUGAUCAAUAAUCAAGAUCUAUAUUGUAAUAAAACGGGUCAUACCCCUGCGAAGUGUGUCAAAUCACUUGAGCACCUAGAUAAAAAAAAUGGUUUGCAAAUCCCGAGUCGACCGAAAUCUGCAUGUUGAAAUCCAAGUUGUUUACGAACAGGAUGUCUAGUGCGUUACACGAUUUUAAUUGGACUAUGCAUAGACUCAUUAGACCAGCCAAGAUGCAAUUCCGGAAUACCAGCAUAGUUGAGCAUGGGUGGAAACUGGACUUUUAUAGUCAGUUAACACCCUUGCCUGGAAGCGUGAAUCCUAAUCCUAGAUGGCUUCCUGCUUUAAAAAAUAGUUUAUUGUGAUUUUAGCACUGAUACUUUACAUCACUGGUGUGAGUACCAUAGGUAUUCAUACUGAUUAUUAUUUUACAUUUUAAACAUUUUUAUAAAACAGGUCCAAACCUAAUUUUAUCGUUAUAAAAAAUGGUAAUUACCGGUAAACGGGAACACUGUCUACGCAACAUGCGUCAUCAUUCCCCAAGGUAAUGGGUCAUUUGUCCCACAGGUAUAAAAUCAGUCUGAAGCUGUGUGUUUUCCCCGCCAGAAAUCUGUGAUUGUGGGUUCGAAUCUCGGUACACCCUCAUGUUUUUAUCGAUGUUCAUUAAUUUGUAUUGAUACAGCAUCAACAAUAAAGCAUUUACCCCCAAUACAUCAAUAUUGCAAUAUAUGAUGACAUCACUGUUCUGUGGCAAGGUGUACAAGUUAUGUCCUACUGGUGAGGCAUGGGUGGCCCAGUUUAAGGAGGCUGUGUAGGGUUCCAUCCCUUGGGAAUGCCAGGAACUUGUGAUUGUGGGUUUGAAUCCCAUUUCACCCUUUAUGUUUCUAGGUUUGUCAGCAUCAUACCCGUAGUCAUGGUUUCACAACAUAAAUGUCUGCGACCUGCAUCACUUAGGGCUUUCAUCCCACAUUUAGCUGACAUAUUACUAAAUACUGUUCAAAGCAGCGUUAAACCAAACUCACAAACUAAUUCACUUACUCACUCGACCCAUGAAGA